AGGCUCAAAGUUUGCAGCUGGGAGGCCGCGUCUGACAUGGCGGAGGAAAAACCAUCCCUUCCUGCGGACUAUGUGGUGCCGAAGGUGUGGGAGUACAAGGACCAAGGCGGUGCCUUUGGCGGCACCAACCGGCCUUAUGCUGGCGCCUGGGGUGAGGACAAGCCUUUGCCCAAGGGCGAGCACAAGCUUCAGCUGUACUCUAUGGGUACUCCGAACGGAGUGAAAGCCACAAUUCUGCUGGAAGAGCUGGUGGAGCUCUUUCCCGACUUUGAGUAUGAUGCUUGGCUCAUUCCCAUCAACGGCGUGCAGUUCACUUCUGGAUUUCAGGGUAUCAACCCAAAUUCCAAGAUCCCCGCCAUGGUGGACCACUCUGAAAAAAACCCAGUCCGCGUCUUCGAAUCCGGAGCCAUUCUGAUGUACCUGGCGGACAAGUACGACAAGGACGGGGUCUUCAUGCCCAAGGAGUACCCAGCUCGUGCGGAAUGCCAAAACUGGCUGAUGUGGCAGAUGGGGAGUGCGCCCUUCAUCGGUGGAGGUUUCGGACACUUCUUCAACUAUGCUCCUAUCAAGAUUGAGUACGCCAUCAAUCGGUAUGCCAUGGAAACCAAGCGGCUUUUGGACGUUUUAGACAAGCACCUUGGGGAGGGCAACAAGAAGUACGUAUGUGGCGACCAGCCUCUGAGCUGCAAUUGCGCUGCUCUUCCUCCGUGCACCGAACCUUACUUUUUUCUUGCCAUGGACUUGGGUCUUUGAGGGGUCUCCAGUUUGCCCUGUUUCCACCAUUUCUUCGUGCAGGAUGUUCAAAGGGGAAAUGCAGGGGACCCGCAACGCAUACGCUUGAAGCCGCUCGCAGGUACACGAUCGCGGACAUGGCAAUCUGGCCCUGGAUCGGGUGGCUGGUGGAUGGGAAGCUGUACGGCGCUGGGGAAUUCCUCCAAGUCGAGGAGUACAAGAACGUGUGCGCUUGGUCCAAGCGAAUCGGAGAGCGACCUGCUGUGAAGCGCGGCGUCAUGGUGAAUCGCCCCUUUGGGGAAAAGUCCUCGCAGUUGCACAACCGUCACGCGCGCAGUGACUUCGAGACCAAGACCCAGGACUACUUCAGCUGGCUGCAGUGUUGUGUAGCGUCUCACCAUGUCCCAUGAGCAUUGAGGUUUAUGCAAACCUUUCCUUCCUGAGCUCCUCUAAAGGAUUGCAGGGUUCGGCCGUCAGACUUGGCAGUCUGGGCAAAAGAACAACAUGUGAGCAGCGGACAAUAGUUUCAUUUGCC